GACAGCCAGUUGACAUUAAAAAUCAAACAUUUGACAGUUUGCCCUCCCUCCCUCCCUACCAGCACUGGACUGACUCUAUCUAUCUAUAUAAGUAAACGAAUCCCCAAGGCAAGGAAACAAGAUGGGAAGUGUUGAAGUGGAGAAGAAGAACGUGCCGGAGGAGGAAGACGAAGAGUCUCCAAUCGAACAGGUCCGGUUAACUGUUCCGACGACGGAUGAUCCGAGCCAGUCUGUAUGGACGUUUCGAAUGUGGGUUUUGGGCCUGAUCUCAUGUGUGAUGCUGUCGUUUCUGAACCAGUUCUUUUCGUACCGGUCGUCGCCGCUGGUGAUCACUCAGAUCACCGUUCAGGUGGCCACGCUUCCAUUAGGACGGUUGAUGGCAGCGGUCCUCCCCAGCAGCAAGUGGAGCCUCAUGGGACGGGAGUUUUCGUUGAACCCGGGACCCUUUAACAUGAAGGAGCACGUGCUGAUUACCAUAUUCGCCAACGCCGGCGCCGCUUUUGGCAAUGGAUCGGCUUACGCCGUGGGUAUUGUGAAUAUUAUAAAGGUGUUUUAUGGCCGCAAAAUCUCUUUCUUUGCCUCUUGGAUCCUCAUCAUCACUACCCAGGUUUUAGGUUACGGCUGGGCCGGGCUUUUGAGGAAAUACGUAGUUGAACCGUCACACAUGUGGUGGCCUAGCACCCUCGUUCAGAUUUCACUAUUUAGGGCACUUCAUGGCAAAGAAGACGACGAUGACGAUGACAACGACAACAAGAAACGCAUAUCACGUACAAAAUUCUUUGUGAUUGUUCUUGCUUGUAGCUUCCUCUAUUACUUGCUUCCCGGAUUCUUCUUCAAAACCUUACAAAGCAUUUCAUGGGUAUGUUGGGCCUUUCCUAAUUCGGUUACGGCCCAACAAUUAGGAUCGGGCUUCCAAGGCUUAGGGUUUGGGGCCUUCUCACUGGACUGGGCCACGACGGCUUCUUUCUUAUUCAGCCCUCUUAUUUCCCCCUUCUUUGCCAUAGUCAAUGUUUUCUUGGGCUAUUUUUUGAUCGUUUACAUAGUGAUCCCAAUCUCCUAUUAUGGACUCAACGUGUACCAUGCCAGAAACUUCCCAAUAUACUCAGCUGAUUUGUUUACAAACGACGGGCAGCUCUAUGAUAUCCAUAAAAUUGUGAAUAACAAGUUUGAGAUAGACCACGGGGAGUAUGCAAAGCAAGGACACGUUAAUUUGAGCACUUUUUUCGCUUUGACUUAUGGUUUUGGAUUUGCUACAAUCGCGUCUACUCUCACUCAUGUUGCCCUUUUCUAUGGGAAAGAGAUAUAUGGACGAUAUAAAGCAUCGACCACGGCUAAGACUGAUGUGCACACAAGACUAAUGAAGAACUACAAAGACAUACCAGCAUGGUGGUUUUAUGUGCUUCUUACAGUCACCUUUUUGGUUGCCCUUGCGCUCACUAUCUUCAUGAAAGAUCAGGUACAAAUGCCAUUCUGGGGACUGAUAGGUGCAGCUGUAAUGGCUUUCGUUUUCACCCUCCCCAUCAGCAUCAUCACUGCAACAACAAACCAGACACCAGGUUUGAAUAUAAUAACGGAAUAUGCUAUGGGGUUAAUCUACCCUGGAAGACCCAUAGCCAAUGUGUGCUUCAAGACCUAUGGUUACAUGAGCAUGACUCAGGCCAUCUCUUUUCUCAGUGAUUUUAAGCUCGGUCAUUACAUGAAGAUUCCACCAAGAUCAAUGUUUCUGGUCCAGUUUCUGGGAACAAUCAUAGCUGGAACCGUGAAUCUAUGUGUGGCUUGGUACAUGAUAAACCAUGUGGACCAGAUAUGCUUCCCUGACCCUAAGUCCGGUAGCCCAUGGACGUGCCCAAAUGACCGUGUAUUCUUUGAUGCAUCUGUUAUUUGGGGCUUGGUUGGGCCUAGGCGGAUCUUUGGUCCUCAAGGAAACUAUGGGGCUCUAAACUGGUUCUUUCUAGGUGGGCUCAUGGGGCCAGUUGUGGUUUGGAUAUUUCACUUGCUGUUUCCAAAAGCAUCAUGGAUUCCUCUGAUUAAUCUCCCGGUGCUCCUUGGUGCCACGGCUGCUAUGCCCCCGGCCAUGGCUGUUAACUAUAAUUCAUGGAUAUUGGUGGGGACCAUUUUCAACUUUUUCGUGUUUAGAUACCGCAAAAUGUGGUGGAAGAGGUACAACUACAUCCUGUCGGCUGCGCUUGAUGCAGGAGUUGCGUUUAUGGCGGUGCUGUUGUAUUUUAGUACGGGGAUAGAAAACAUAAAUGUGCAUUGGUGGGGCACUGAUAACCCGGAGCACUGCGACCUCGCUCGGUGUCCCACAGCUAAGGGUAUAGUAUCGCCCCUCAGUGAUUCUUGUCCUACUUUUUGAUUAUUUAUAUAUGUUUCCUUCAAGAAAUGUCUUCUUUUAUAUAUAUGUCCUCAAGAACUCAUGUCGAUUUGUUUUUAAUAUGCAUUCGUGUGAAGUAAAAUUUAGUGGUGGUGUUAUUGUCUUUUC